AAUGGAAAACGCUAGCAUAACAAUGAACUCUUACAACAGUGGCUCACUAAGACUUGCCAGAUCUGCGAGGAGAAGAAACAAUUUUGUGAUGGCCGAAAAAUAUAGUACAAAUAUAGUACUCUAUUGCGUAGUGCAUAAAGACUUUUUGUGUGAAAAAGAUAGAAAAUACGUAAAAGUUCAUUACGUCUACCCUGGUAGUUAUGAUAAUAAUUUGGCUCCCGUAAGAGAGGUUUGCUUUUUGAAUGAUAACUGGAUGAUGGGUAAAGCUGAACUAACAAUUCCAAUUCGUCUAAGAGAUACCUUCCAAUACGUUUACCUAUUCAAGGAUGGUGAUGAACCACUUCACUUUGAACAUCUAGAACAUACUCUAAGAGUUGAAAAUAGUAUGAGGCAAUUACUACGGGACGACCUAUAUUUAUUAAUGGAAGAAGAUUCCAUGUUAAUUUUCGACGGAUUCGUUCGAAAACAAAUGAAGCAAACUUUCCUUACAAAGGCCAGCAAUUUUUGGAGUGAACUAAUUGACGAAGAACAGCAAAUAACUAGAAAAUGCAUUGAAAUUCUACUGCCCAACUACGAAUUCUUUACUACUGACAUGCGCUACGUGCAAGCUGGAAGUCCAUCACAUUUCCUCUCGAUUAUUAUGGGUAUUAUGAAAAUGCAAGGAACAAGUAUAAAGCCAAACAUUAGUCAGAAUAUUAUUGGCAAAUUCAUAUCAAAAUGCAGAGAGAAUAUGAUGUCGAUAAACCGACAUAGUAUAGGAGAAAAGAUUUUAGAAACUGCCCAAUGCGCGCUUAUUUGCUUAAUUUUGGCGCAAGAAUUUAGAAUAACGACCAAUAUUCUACCGAUGAGAGUGUUCAAAUAUUUCCCCCCGUUGGAUAGCGAAACCCUCUACGUUUGGACUGGUUCUCUCAAAACAAGCUUUAACAAAUUCGAUAAUCUUGUUGAAAGCUGCUUGAAGACGACGCUCGUUAAAUUUAUUUCAAGAGAAGUUGGCAAUGGAGAAUGGAUUUUUCUGCUACGACUCUUCCUUCAUUUGAAAGGGGAGGCAGAUCGUCUGACAACAAGCCACGAGACGGAACUAAGUAACCGUAUAGAUGAUCAUACGCGCCUUAGUAUCAUAGAGGGACUGAACGCUAUGCCACAAAAAUUUAAUCGAAUUAGCGAAAAAAGGUUUAUGACAAUACUCGAUAAUCUUAUACGCCAAUGUGAUAGAGCCGAUGAUGAACAAUUAACUCUUACACUAGACGUCACUAUCAGAUGCCAACAACUAGUUGAAGACUAUCCUACAUGGAUAUCUUUACUGACCAUGACCGAGUUGACAAGAACGUAUAAACACAUAGAUGAGAUAUUUACUAGUUUUCUAAACAAAACUAUGUCCAAUGACAUUCAAAAUGUUGCAUUAUACCGUGAAAUCGGCAUAAGACUAGUUUCAAUUAACGAAGAGUAUGGUGGGUUCUACGACAAUUUACUUACUGAAUAUCAGCUAUUCCCUUUUGUCAAAUACCAUCGAUGCAUUAAAAAUGCUUUUAGAAAAGAAGUAAUUGAUGCAACUUAUGACCUAAUGGAAUUUAGCCCACAGACUGCAAGUACUUUACUGGAAAGCAAUAGUGAUUUCUUGAAUUUAUUAGUCGAAACUUUAGAAUGUAAAAGACCAAAAAAAGAGAGGGACCUUAAAAUAUUCUUGCUGGAUUUAAAAUUCUUACCUUACCUCCUUAAUUAUUAUAUGAAAGCGAAACAAAGAGAAGAUCGGAGAGUUAUAAAGGCGUUGAACGAGUUUAUGGACUUGGUAGUGGAAACAGUAGCAUCAAUCGAUGACGGUCAUAUUCUAGUGAAAGAUAUGCUAAGCAUUAAUUAUGAAAGCAUAGAUUUUAUAUCGAUAAUAACUGAAAUGAAACAUUUCCACUAUAAGAGAUAUCCGAACAAAUUUUUAGAAAUUGUUCGAAUCAGACAUAACGAAGCUGAAUGCUGCAAGAAGUUUUUCAAAGUGUCUGAAAUUCUUCUGAAACUAUCCAGUUUUGUACGAAAACAGUGCAAUUGGAAUGACAGAAUUUUCACAUAUGAUGACAUAAAGAUUGCCCAUUUUUGCAGCGCCUCAUACUCGUGGGAUUUUUCUGAGAUAAUCUUAUUUAUUGAGAAAACAUUUACAAGAGAAUUUAUAGAGACCGUUCUUUUGGGUGGUUAUUGCAUGAAAAGUGCAAUAUUUCGCUAUAUGCUCGUUGCAAAUGAAUUAAAAAAUAAAAAGCUAUACAACCAAAAUGGAGUUACAAAUGUAUACUACUGUAUGGCAAAAUUUGCUGUGUACGUAGUGGAAACUACCGUAAAUCAGUAUCAGAAAUUUUCCGAAGAACUUUUCAAGGGCAGCUCAAUAGACUACAAGCUAUUGGAAAGUACAAGUUUGAAAAUUGACGAUAUUGAGAACGAGAAAACUAUCGUUCGGCGCCUUCUUCAACUGGAAGGAAAUGACUGCGAUUCUCUCAGUGUCAGAUUUGAUCAAUUAAAAGGUUAUCUGUUCGAGAAUGAACUAGAGAACGUGGCGGUUUUGCUUGAACUUCUGGUGAACGUUUACGGCUUGAAGAUUGACUUUGACAAAUCGAUUUUUUUGCGUCUUGUCAAAGUUAACGUUUCGCUACCUCCUCAAAAUGUACACUCUGAUAUUCGCCGUUUGAUAAAUGCGAUUCUUGAUCACUCUAGCGACCUAUCAGUGCUAGAAAUACUCGUUCAGGAGAGUGACAUUAUUGUUGGAUUAACAGAACUAAUACAAAAAUACGAACAGAUGGAAGAGUUUUGCAACAGACAUAUUUCGGGCUGUCGCGAAACGUUCAAUACUAACUUGGCACUAUUGAUAAAGGUAAUUUCACCGAUUAUCUUCCAAUUGAAGGAUGCUGAUAACGUUAUGGACAUUAUUACCCUGUGGAGACGAUGUACGAAGCUUAAAGCGACACAUAAUACUGUUGACCUAUCCGUUCCUUUUGAUAUUGUACGAAGGCAAUUUGGAUCUUAUUUAGGCCUGUCGGACGUAGACGAAGAAGACAUGAGCGCUAAAGUUGAAACAUUAAGAGGAAUAAUUUGCUUUGGAAAUGUUACCUUCAGUUAUAGUUCCACCAAGAUUAGAAGUCUUAUUGUUGAUGAGGAAAGCUCGUUAGUCGAAUCGGUCGUUAUCGAAGAGUUGUUUAAAUGGUCGAAAACGCAUAAAGAAUUGUUUCUGGCCAUAAAUUCAAGAGACGGACUUGCAAUUACUCUGUUUGUUAAAUUCGUCCAGUCCGUCAAGGAUCUAAAGGAAGCAAUGGAAGAACUAUCGAACGCGGGAUUCAGUCCCUUUAAAAAAUAUGAUAUUUCCAUUAUGAACCGAAAAGGCAAUCGUCAUGUAACGAUUGAAGGCAUAGCGGAGAAGAGUCUGACUGGCGCUCUAACUUUUCCAAGGCACGAGAAAAUUAAAAAAAUAACUCGAGCCGUUCAAUGCUUUAUCGAAGAAUGGAAAUUGAAGUUGGCGACAAAACGAGAAAGAUAUCCUUGCUUGAAGUAUUUUCCAUCGGAAAAAAUCUUUACACUCGGCAAAGAAAUGAUAGAAUUUGAUCUAUCCGGUACGAUAACGGACGAAAUGGCGCGACUAGCGGGAAUAUUUGCUGACGAUAAAAUUGACUGUAAAGAUCUUUAUGAUGGAAUUGCCUAUUCUCUGAGAAUGCAAGAGGUUGACGUACACUAUAACAUUGACACAUCGGCUCUUGCUAUUGAUGAUGACAAAAGUAUUAUUGAGAAUUUGUGGAACGUAUGGAAAACUCAUAUGAUGUUUAUUGACGAUGGCCCGUUGGGUGUAGGAUUCGGUUCUAUCGGACAUUUCGCUGGCUAUCUCUACCAAUCCAACAUGAAGCGAAAUACCGCUUAUAUCUCAAUGAUAACCAAAGGUCUUCCAUGUCUAUUUCAAGAGUCGGAAGAAACGAUGCUACGAAAAAUGACAAUCCUCCUUAUGAAGGAGAACACCGACUGGAGUAUAAAGCCAAAUCAAAUACAACUCUGCAGUGAACAAACGACUGUUGAAGACCUUCAAAUAUUUCUCGAGCAGGCAGCGUUCUUCACUAAUGAAUUAUUUUGCGUAGGGGAUGUAAAAUUACUGAACGAGAGCUGCGUUGAAAUAUUCUUUGAUAUUUUUCGAUUUUUACUCGGAGUUGGAAAGAUAGGUACUAUCAAACUGGCGAUUUUUUGCUCGGAUUCAAGUUCAACUUGUCGAUUUUGUGGAUCAGAUAUCUUCCUUAAGGCUUCUAGCGAAUUCGCUCUUGACAUGUCAUUGCAUGUUUCACGGCAACUAAUUGUAAAUUCAGUAAUCACGAAGAGAGUGGAAAUAGAAAAUGAAGUGUUUAUCGAGAGGAGAAUGUCCCAGGUAGUUUUAAGCGGUGCAAUAUCAACAAGACAACACUUGAAAAACAGGACUAGACAACAUUUACAUCCCGACUUUAAGGAUAGCAACUAUUUUAUUAUUCGUCCUAAUGAUGACACUUCACUUGUUGAAUUAAUCGAAGAACUAGACGAAAUAUCAGAGUACAGGAAAGAGGAGAUUUUUAUAGCAUAUCAUUUUGAUUUGAAGAGCAUGUCGAUUCCCUUGGCCGACAGCCUUUUGUUUCGAUUGACGGUCGUUGGCGCACUCGUCAAAAAUGAUAGAUUAUGGAAAUGUGAAAAUCGCUUUUAUUUCAAUUUUGAGAUAAGCGAACACCAAAUACAAAAAUACAAGUUUGCCAAAAUUCUCCCAAUUAUGGAUUUAGGAACCGUUGAAGUUUUGGAAUAUGACGACAAUUUAUAA